CGAUAUUACUCAUACCACCGUGGUCCGCCAUAUAUCUAAAAGGUCUAGGCCUUUCGAUCAAUACACGACAUCUGUAUAAACCUUUGCGGCCGACACGACGACUGCUGAGAGACAGAGAUGUCGCUCUUUGACCCUACGGCGAAGCUUUUCGCCUUCCCGCCACUUCCUGAUUUACCGAUCAACCAGCCUGCAUUAGGUGACAACAUCGCAUGGUCUUUUGAUGAAAGCGCAGAUUAUGAUUACUGGUCCAACUUCGAAAGCGGAUUCGACGACUCAUGGACUUGGGAUGAGCGAAAGGAAGCGGCUUGGAAAAACAGCAAGGGCCAAGCGAAUAGUAUAGUCAUCACAGUCAAGCCGUCUGAGCAUUCAGAUCCGGAAAAGAGCUCGCGGCAAGACGGUGACGCACUUAAGACUUCCCCUGAUGAGGAUCACGACGAGGAGCCAGAAGCGGCGCUCGCUGCCGACUCAGAUGAGCAGAGCGCAUCCCUAACAAGGCCGGAAUGGAAAUUCUCGGACUGGGCAAAUGAACUUCCCGAAACUAUGGAUUUUUGCGCUGCUACAGACUUUGGCGCCCCUCAACCAUGGGACGGCGUGCUCGGCUCUGACCCUGCUCAGAACAUUCACGACACGCAUUUUGAUAAUGCUCUAUUCUCGGGCGAUGAAAUGAUCAAGGAUUACAACUUUGGGAACGGUCCUCUGAUCGGGUCAGAGGUCUUCGCUGCCGGGGAACCUGAAGCAUUCGUCACGCCGUGUGACACGGAGCUGGACGCAAUUUCACAGUUUCCGACAAGUGAUAUGUUCAAGCAACAGAUUCAGGAACCGGCCGAGGUGAACCACGACCGAUGGAAGUAUCUCGAAAAAGAUCUCAUGCAAGCUCUUGGCGCCGAGUUCUCUGGGCAGGCUCAACUCGGACUUCUAGAGGCUGCACAACUGCCACCAUCACCAUCGGGCAUUAGUACUCUCCAAUAUCUCCCAAGCCCUGACCACGAAAUGCUUGACCACGACAGCUCUAGUCCAGAUGCUAUUCUUACUGACGAGGCGACGCCAAACACUGACUAUGACGGCAACCGAUUGGUCUCCUGCUCGACUUGUCAGAAGAUCGUCAAGAGGAGGAAGCUCCAGUAGGUCGAAUCCGGUCAUACUCCAGACUUGACGCAAUGCUGACACAUUCUACUUGCAGCGAUCACAUGCGUUGGCACGUCAAAUCAUUCGGCUGCGAAAGCUGCGACAAAUCCUUUGCGAGCGAGAAAGAUCUUCGACGACACGAAAGACAGCACACAGGUGACAAGCCGUU